AUGGAUUUCAUCAAGACCAGUUCCCUGCGUGCUCUGAUUGAGUUAACUUUCCAACGCAACUGGAACGGCCUAAUUUGGAUGAGUAGAAAAGGAGUUAUAGCCAAAAGAGUGGAGACUGUCCAGACGGCUCUAUCGAGAGAACAACGCCCAAACCGCGUAGUCCGGCUGGCCGAGGAACGCAUGUUCCGCGCUCGGCCAAAGCUGCAAUCGCAUGCCAGAGAAGCUGAACGACCCAGAAGUUUUGUUUUGUCUUGCAAGAUCGGUUCUACACACUUCCAUAGAGCACUUUGUGAUUUGGGUUCUAGUGUGAACCUAAUGCCUUACUCAGUGGCCAAGCUAUUGGGCAUCACUGACUUCAAACCUACAAAGAUCUCUCUAGUCUUUGCAGACAGAUCUGUUCGCCGCCCUGUUGGUGUUAUUAUGGAUGUUCCAAUCAUGGUUGGAGAUUGCUACAUCCCUGCUGAUUUUGUAGUUCUUGAGCUGGAACACCAACCUAAAGACCCUCUUAUCUUGGGAAGGCCAUUCCUAGCUACUGCAGGAGCUAUAAUAGAUGUCAAGAAUGGAAAGAUUGACUUGCAUCUUGGAGAUAUAGUGAUGAAUUUCGAAGUAAACAAGUCUAUGGAGAAGCCAACUGUAGAUGGUCAAGCUUUUUGGAUUGGAGAGCUCGCAGAGACAAGAGAAGAAGUGCUGGAUGAACUCCUUCUUAUUGAUCCCUUGGAGCUAGCUUUGACAAAGCUGAGAAUGAGAAUCUCACCUGAACUAUGCACACAUCGCAUCAUCCUGGAGGAUGAGUCUAGUUCUUCAAUUGAACAUCAAAGGAGGCUAAACCCCAACCUAAAGGAAGUUGUCAAGAAGGAGAUAAUGAAGCUACUGAAAGGCUGGAGUGAUUAUCCAAUAUCAGAUAGUGCAUGGGUCAGCCCUGUACAUGUCGUGCCAAAGAAAGGAGGGAUCACAGUCAUCAAGAAUGAACAUGAUGAGCUCAUUCCAACAAGAACAAUCACUGGACACAGAAUGUGUGUCGACUACAGGAAACUGAACUCCUCCACACGCAAGGACCACUACCCCUUGCCAUUCAUAGAUCAGAUGCUUGAGCGCCUUGCCAAUCAUCAAUACUACUGUUUCUUGGAUGGAUACUCAGGAUCCAGAUGA